AUGUGUGCUCAUGCUGGCAUAAUUGGGACUACAAGGCCAACACACUACCAUGUUCUCCACGAUGAGAUAGGCUUCUCUGCUGAUGAGCUGGAGGAGCUCGUGCACUCCCUAUCCUAUGUGUACCAGAGGAGCACCACAGCAAUCUCAGUAGUUGCUCCCAUCUUCUACGCACACCUUGCAGCGGGCCAGGUGGCCAAGUUCACCAAGAUCGAUGAUAUGUCGGAGACAUCGUCCCAGGCUGAGGCUGCCCCGGUGCCGGAGCUGCCUCGUCUGCAUCCCAAUGUAGCGUCAACGAUGUUCUUCUGCUGA